AGGCGCCAACGCACCGCACCGGGCUGAGGAGGUAGCCGAUGAGCAGAGCAGACAAACCCGCUCCUCUUCUCCAAGACAUCCACACCGCGUCUCAGAGCCGGAGGGACACCAUGAAGACCAGCAGCCGCAGAUGGAGGAGUGAAGAUUCACCUGCAGAGCACUGAGUGAAGCGGCAGGAUGGCGGGGGGUCGGAGGGGACUUGUGGCCCCUCAGAAUACUUUUUUGGAGAAUAUUGUCAGACGGUCGAACGUUUGGACACUGUCACAUAGACAGACAGAUACCAACUUCGUCCUGGGAAACGCUCAGAUAGUCGACUGGCCCAUCGUCUACAGCAACGAUGGUUUCUGCAAGUUGUCGGGGUACCACAGAGCCGAGGUGAUGCAGAAAAGCAGCACCUGCAGCUUCAUGUACGGGGAGCUCACGGACAAGGACACGACGGAAAAAGUGCGACUAACGUUCGAGAAUUAUGAGAUGAACUCGUUUGAAAUACUGAUGUACAAGAAGAACAGGACGCCUGUUUGGUUUUUUGUGAAGAUUGCACCCAUUCGAAACGAACAAGAGAAAGUGGUCCUGUUUCUUUGUACGUUCAGUGACAUCACAGCCUUUAAACAACCCAUCGAAGACGAUUCUUCCAAAGGCUGGGGAAAGUUCGCCCGGCUGACUCGAGCUCUAACGAGCAGCAGAGGUGUCUUACAGCAGCUGCAGCCCACAGUCCACAAAGGAGAGAAUGUCCACAAGCACUCCCGCUUAGCUGAGGUCCUGCAGCUUGGCCAAGAUAUCCUACCUCAGUACAAACAGGAGACCCCCAAAACCCCUCCCCACAUCAUCCUGCACUACUGCCUCUUCAAGACCACGUGGGACUGGGUCAUCCUCAUCCUCACCUUCUACACCGCCAUCAUGGUGCCCUACAACGUCUCCUUCAAGACCAAGCAGAACAACGUGACGUGGCUGGUGGUGGACAGCAUCGUGGACGUCAUCUUCCUGGUGGACAUCGUUUUAAACUUCCACACCACGUUCGUUGGACCUGCGGGCGAGGUUAUCUCGGACCCCAAGCUGAUCCGAAUGAACUACCUGAAGACCUGGUUUGUUAUCGACCUGCUAUCCUGCCUGCCGUACGAUGUCAUCAACGCCUUCGAGAACGUAGAUGAGGGAAUCAGCAGUUUGUUCAGUUCACUGAAGGUGGUCCGGCUUCUGCGUCUGGGUCGAGUAGCCCGCAAACUGGAUCACUAUAUCGAGUACGGGGCGGCUGUACUGGUCCUGCUGGUGUGUGUUUUUGGACUGGCUGCUCACUGGCUGGCCUGUAUUUGGUUCAGCAUCGGUGAUUACGAGGUCAUCGACGAAGAAACCAACAUCGUGCGCAUGGACAGCUGGCUCUACAUCCUGGCAGAGACGGUGGGCACACCGUACCGCUUCAACGCCAGCGGUUCAGGGAAGUGGGAGGGCGGGCCGAACAAAGACUCCGUCUACAUCACUUCGCUGUACUUCACAAUGACCAGCCUGACGAGCAUCGGCUUCGGCAACAUCGCCCCCACGACAGACGGAGAGAAAAUCUUUGCAGUGGCCAUGAUGAUGAUUGGAUCCCUUCUGUACGCCACCAUCUUUGGUAACGUGACAACAAUCUUCCAGCAGAUGUACGCUAACACCAAUCGUUACCAUGAGAUGAUUAACAGCGUGCGGGACUUCCUCAAGCUCUACCAGGUGCCCAAAGGCUUGAGUGAAAGAGUUAUGGACUACAUUGCCUCCACCUGGUCCAUGUCUCGGGGAAUAGACACUGAAAAGGUGUUGCAGAUUUGUCCGAAGGACAUGAGAGCCGAUAUUUGUGUUCAUCUCAACCGAAAGGUUUUUAAAGAGCACCCAGCUUUCCGUCUGGCCAGCGAUGGGUGUCUCAGAGCGCUGGCCAUGGAGUUUCAGACCAUCCACUGCGCCCCUGGCGACCUGAUCUACCACGCUGGUGAAAGUGUGGACAGCCUCUGUUUUGUGGUGUCGGGUUCACUGGAGGUCAUUCAGGAUGACGAGGUGGUGGCCAUUCUAGGUAAGGGAGAUGUAUUUGGGGAUGUUUUCUGGAAAGAGGUGACUCUCGCUCAAGCCUGCGCCAACGUCCGAGCUCUGACCUACUGCGACCUCCAUGUCAUCAAACGCGACGCCCUGCAGAAGGUGCUUGAGUUCUACACGGCGUUUUCCAACCACUUCUCACGAAAUCUGCUGCUCACUUACAACCUGCGAAAGAGGAUCGUCUUCCGGAAGAUUAGUGAUGUGAAACGAGAGGAAGAGGAGCGACAGAGACGUAAAAAUGAAGCGCCAUUGAACUUGCCACCGGAUCACCCUGUACGCAAACUCUUCCAGCGCUUCCGGCAGCAAAAGGAAGCCCGCCUGGUGACAGAGAAACCAGAACUAGAUGACCGCGAUGUCGAGAAGGGUCCCGUAUAUGUGGACAUCCCGAUUGCUAAAGCAGCCAUCACAACCACCAGCAUCAUCACAGUGACAGAAAGUCCAGCAACACCUUCAUCUUCAACGCCUUCAUCUUCAGCAACCCCCAACUGUACGCCCUCAGACAAGGCGAAGCUGCAGGUGCCGUCUCCCGUUUCUUUGGUAGGAGGCCGAGCGGCUGAACCAGUCAAGGUCAAAGGCUGGGGUCGCUUCAAGGAGUCCAUGGCCAAAGCCGACAAUUGGAACAAAGUGUCCAAAGCCGAAUCCAUGGAGACUUUGCCCGAACGGACCAAGGUGCACGAGUCACAGAUGUCUCUAAAGAAGACAGACUCAUGUGACAGCGGGAUCACCAAAAGUGACUUGCGCCUGGACAAAGUGGGCGAGUUCCGCAUGACGCCCCAGGACCGCAGUCCUGUCCAGCCUCCAGAGACCAGGCAUGCCUUCUACCCCAUCCCAGAGCAGACGCUUCAGGCCUCGCUCCAGGAGCUCAAGCUGGAGCUGAAGGACGACCUCAAGAACCUGAACGUUCGAAUGUCUGGCCUGGAGGCGCAACUAACGGAGGCACUUCAACUCCUCAAAGCAAGGAGAUCAAAUGCUGGCUCUCCGCAGCCUCUUUUUGACAUUUCUAGACCUACUUCUCCAGAACUGGACAAAGAGGACAUCUUCUCUUGA